CGUGACCAUGUGACCUCACUCUCGUUCUGACACUAGCAGCUCACGCGGUGAGAGAGCCAGACUUGUGAGGCUCAAAGCCCGUGAGGUAUAAAGUGAACGGCGCGCUCUUCCUCCAGCCUCUUCAUCACCGCCAGACAACAUGGACUGCGGGGUCGCCACGUCCAAGACCAUCCUCCUCUUCCUCAGCCUGGUGUUUUGCACCGCCGGCGGUGUGUUGGCUUGGGUCGGAGCCCGUGUGAUCCAGAGCUAUGACAACUUCGAAGGCCUCAUUCAGGACAAGCAGAUGCUGAUCCCAGCAGUCGCCAUCAUCUGCAUCAGCGCGGUGAUGUUGCUCUUCGGUCUGGUGGGAUGCUGCUCCACGCUUCGCGAGUCCAAAUUUGGCCUCAGCUUGUUCUUUAUUAUUAUCAUGGUGAUCUUUGCAGCAGAGGUGGCAGCUUUGGUGCUUACCUUCAUCUACCACGGCAAGAUAAAUCAAAACCUGGAGCACUCCAUGAACAACACCUUCUCCCAGUACACUGGAGGUGAAGAUGCUGGGAGCAAAGCUGUGGAUUUGCUGCAGAAGCAGCUGGAGUGCUGUGGUGUCCUGAACUACACCAGCUGGAUGAACACCGACUGGUUCGCCAGCCACAACAGAAGCGUGCCCGUAUCCUGCUGCAGGUCCAAUGUGUCACAGUGCACCGGCAGUCUGGAUCAACUGAACCUCAUUUACACAGAGGGUUGUGAAGGCAAACUGGAGCGCUUCCUUCAGGACGCUUUGACUUAUGCCAUGCUGGUGGUUCUUGGUUUUGCUAUCAUAAAGUUCUUUGGAAUGCUGAGCGUUUGUGUGAUCACCUGUAAAAGCAACAGCCGGAGGAAUGGCUACCAGCCCCUAUACGCCUGAAACCCCUUCUGCAAAAACAUCCAUAUUCUGCUUCCUCAUUAUUGUACAGAAAUAUCGAUCAAUCAAAGUUUUGCCAUAAUCUAAAAGGAGAUUGUAUCAGAGCUGGCUUCCAUAAGUGUCUUGUUAUUUUUUUCAUAUGUGGACAUUCCUUCUUUUCUGUUAGAGGUUAAAUUUCCUUUGUUUGAGAUUUUUAUCUGUCACUUUUGGUGUAGCAAAGCAGCCCAGUUAUGGUUAUACUUUAGGAAUGCACGAAAAAUGAAAAGUAUAUAAUAUUCUGAAGGUGAUGCAGCAUCUUAUUUCUGCUAAAUCCUUGGGAAGUUGUCCUGACAUGAAGGAAAAAGUGAAAAAAACUCGUAUAUUUUGUCUUUUAUUAUAACUUUCUGCCGCACCUUGAAGAUAUUCUUUAGACUUUGACUGUACUUCAUUGAAUGACCUCAGACUGUGAUGUCUUACUUAGGCUUACAGCAGAUUAAACACAUGACAUUUUAUGGUCAGUUAACUGUAUUAUGAGGUUCUACUUUUAGUUUGCUGCUUUGUUGUGUUUAUCAUAAAUUAAAAAAAAGUUGAUAAUCUCACUAUUUUUAAGUUUAAUAUGAUUUUUCUUUAAAUUUCUCACGACCAGAUUACUUCUCAAACACACAGUAUCUCCUGUAUAUUUUGUGUGGAAUGUUUAAGGGUGGAGAAGAACUGGUUGGUCAUGUACUAACUUUCAUUUUGUAAAGCAGGUUCCUGUUCCACCGUGUACAGUGUGUUAUCAAACAUGACCCAUGUGGUUAUCUGUCA